GACGCUACUUUGUCGACCGCUAAAACCACUGAAGAAACAAAGAAGACUAGCGCACUCAGACCAUGUUAAGCAUGAAAGCGCAGGUGGAUGUGAUCUGCUGUAAAUCAGUAGGAACUGAUCUGUCCAUGCUGGAUAUUGAGGAUUUCAUCACAGAAAUCUGUCAGCUGAAGAAAGAGGUGGCGUCACUGGAGGCAAAGCUGAGAGAAAGAGGAGACAAACUGAACAGAGAGGAUGUGGAGAAGGUUUCAGCGCGUGUGACUGAUGGGACAGAAGCUCAGGAUUCAGUCUGGAGCGUCAGAGAUCAGAGAUCCAGAGACACACGGGACUCAGAGCUCAGCCUCACUUUACUCUGUUUUACUGACGCUCAGGAUCAUGAAUCCACUGAUCAAACCAUUGACUGUAAAGCUGAAGAACAGGAGAUACUGGUGACGCCGCUGAAGAUGUGCUCCGUCAAACUGGUGGACUGCAGGAACCUGAUAGAGAGCAGAGUAGAAGAAACCACUGCAAAAGAGGAACAACAGAGUGAUGAGGAGGAUGAAGAUCAGAAAGAUGAUGUUGAUCAGAAUGAGAAUAAGGAUGAGGAUGAAGAUUGGAAUGAUGAUGAUGAUGAUCAGAAUGAGGUUGAGGAUGAUGAAGAUCAGAAUGAUGUUGAUGACGAUGACUUUGUUCCUUCAGAUGACAGCGCUGGUUCAUCUGAUGGAGAAACUGAAUCUACACCCAAAGAGCAAAGGACAGUGACUGACUGUGAAAAAACAUUCAGCAAACAGGGUAAUUUAAUGAGACGUCAGAGAAAACACACAGAACAGAAAGACUUCCCUUGCAACAUAUGCAACAUCAGCUUUCCUACCUUCAAAGAGAGAAGACUUCAUGCAAAAGAGCACAGCGUGAAGAAGGAGUUUCGCUGCGAACAGUGUGGGAAAGAUUUUUUCACCACUCCUUAUAAUAUGAAAGCUCAUAUAAAGACACACGAAGAAAAGUUAUUCCAGUGCACCGAAUGUAACAAGUUUUUCCGGAACAAUCGAGAUCUUUCAAGUCAUAAGAGGACCCACACAGGUGAAAAGCCGUACAAGUGCCCUCACUGUGAGAAGAGCUUCAGCCAAGGAUCUCAUCUGAAGAGACAUAUACUCACACACACCAAUGAGAAGCCGUACCAGUGCAGUGAAUGUGGAAAACCUUUUAGAAACUCAACGUCUCUAAAGGUACACCAAAAAAUGCACACUGAUGAAAAACCAUAUCAGUGCCCUCACUGCGAGAAGAGCUUCAAAUAUGGAAUCAGUCUGAAAAACCAUCUAUUAAUGCACAGCAAUGAGAGACUGUAUCUGUGCAGUCAAUGUGGGAAAACUUUUACAAACUCAGCUUCUCUAAAGUUACAUCAAAAAAUGCACUCAAAAAAUGAUGAAAAACCAUAUCAGUGUUCACACUGCGAGAAACGUUUCUAUCAUUCAACUCAUCGGAAAAGCCAUGAGAGGAUUCACACCGGAGAGAAACCGUACCUGUGUUCUGACUGUGGGAAGGGCUUUUCUAGUCCAUUUGCUUUCAAAGUUCAUCAGAGAAUUCACACGGGAGAAAGACCGUAUUCCUGUAGUGACUGCGGAAAGAGUUUUUAUAAGCAAAGUGACUUAAAAAUACACCAGAGGACUCAUACAAGAGAAAAACCUUUUAAAUGCUCACAUUGUGACAAGACAUUCGCUAUAUCAAGUUCCCUGAAGAUCCAUGAAAGAAUGCAUACAGGAGAGAAACCUUACUGCUGCUCCAUCUGUGGUGAGAGAUUCGCCUUUAAAUGGGGUUUUCAGACGCACCAGAAGAAACACGCUGCAGAAUUACCAUAGCUUCAUCAUUAUUCAGUAAUUAAUUUUAGGUUGUGUAAAAAAACACCUUGCUGUGUUGCACGCACAUUAUUUUAUGGUUGUAAAAAAAUAAAAAAAUGUCAGUGUAAUUGUGUAAUUAAAUUCCAGUGUAAUGCAAAUAAAAAAUGCAAGUAUGA